CAAAUCGAAACCGAAAGUUUUGACAGUGUAAUAUUUAAAUCAGAUUCACUCUAACCUUCCACACUGUAACAACCUGAAGCAUUUGUGCGGAAUCCAAAGAUGAGCUUAGCUACCACCUUCCUGUUUUUUGCGAUCCAUUUAGCCUGUAUCAGAGCUGGAAAUUCCUCUGAGACAUUUGUCAAACUGGAGUGUAAUGAAGAAUACCAUGGGGUUUAUGGUCAGCAGUCAUUGCUGCAGUGUAAUGUCAAAGCUGUUGAGAACGUGACCAUCUUGACCGUGACCUGGAAGAGGGUGGAAGCUGAUCCUCUUUUGUUGGAAUUCCAUAAAGAUACAUCUAACCUAACACCUGGAUUUAAAUUUGCUGAGCCAUCCUGGAACAAGGAUAAUAUGAAUGUGUCCUUGUUGUUGACAAAGACCAAGAUGGCCGAUAAGGGGGUGUAUGAAUGCAUGGUGACCACAGACCGUGGUGAUGAUACAGCUACAACCAGCCUCAGUGUCACAGCUAAGUACAUAACUCCAACCAUGAGCUCCAUCCCUGAGACCAACAUCAAAGAGAACACAGAUGUGACCAUUUUCUGCAACUCUACAGGCGGGCAACAGACAGGGUUGAUCUGGUGGUUUGACCAGGAUGGCUACAAUUGGACGCACCGGACUGAACUGGUGGCCAAAGAGACUGACGAUGGACUGUUUAGCCUCUCCAGUAAAUUCACAGUGCAGAAGGCUACAUCCAGUUACACAAACUACACGUGCAAAGUGCUCAAUAGCAAUGGUGCCGAGGAGGGGGUGGCAUCAUUUGUGAUCCAGUUAGCUCCGCAAGUCUCAGAAAUAAACGCUGACCAUUUGGAUUCUGAUUCCACCACCCACUGGCUAGCCCCGGUUGUAGUCAUAGGAUCUCUGGUCAUUGGACUCCUUGCUGCGCUGCUGAUAUUUAAGAGGCGCUCCGCCCUACGUGACCACCAACCAGACACCAGGCAUGAUGGAGAUGUUGAGGCAGAAGGUCUAAACAGUGACAGUCCACAGGACCAACGUGACAGUUUCUAGUAAAUGAUUCGUUAACGGGCAGUCUCUGGAAGGGACUGUUUCCUUGACGAUCAAUAAUGGGCUUGUCACCAUCACAAUCUUUUGAUGGACUGUUUCCUGUUAAGUGUCCGAUGACAGUCACUUUGGCACUCAGGUCAUUCUGAUUGAGGCAUCUGUUCCUUCAUAAUCUACUGAUGAUGGCAGCCUUUAAGGUCUGUGGUUGAUUACAAAUGAUAUGUAACUGCCCUAUACAUCAAUGUUUCUAUACAGGGUUGCCAUGGUGUCAUAAUGCUCUAGAUUCUACCACUGCAGAACAUUGGUAUACUGUAAUACCAGGUAAUCUAAUCAAUGUACACACUGUACUACAAGGUGCAUGGUUUAACAUUCCACGUUUCCUAUACUGUAGAUUUGACCAUAGUGGUUGUUAUUACUAUACUGUAACACCAGACCAUCUAAUCACUAUAACUUAACACACGGUUCUGUACCAUUCAAUUUGAACACAGCACUUUUCUGAAAACAUGUAGUAAAACUGUUUUCCCUUCUGAAAGAGGGUUUCGCAAGACUGUACAACAACCACUCUUACAACCAAAAGCCAGCCUGUUGCUCCUACCACAGAGGAUUUGUUUGUGGCCUUCCUCUUACUCCUUUCUUCUUGUCUUGCGCCACCUGCUGGUCAAGAUUCAGGUCUAUAUUUAUAUAGAUACUAGCCUUUAAACACUGUGGUUGAUGACUUUAACAGUCUAUGUUUAAAAGCCUAACAUGAUUGGUUCUGUACAGCAGGGUUCCCCAACUGGCGGUCCACGGGUCAAAUUGGUUUUCAUAAAUGAACUAUUAAAACUAGGAAAUCAGCUCCAAGUUAUUUUAAUUUAAGAAGUCUGUUCCCAAGUAUUCCUAUGCAGAAUAGAGAGACACGUGAUCAUAUAGAAAUGUAAGCUUUGAAGGUUAUUGGAAGGUUAUGUAAGGUUUGAAAUUAUUCUGUUCUAGUCAAACAUUAUAUAUUUUUGGGCUUCUUGCGUUUAAUUUGCAGUCUACACAUUUUUUGCAAUUAUGUUCCCCCCCCACUCAGGAAAAAAAAAUCGGCCCACGGCUGAAUCUAGUUGAUGAUCCCUGCGGUAUGGGGUUGCCAUAGUGUCAGUAUACUGUAGAUUCUACCAGUAUGAUUGUUAAAACUGUACUCUUAACACCAAGCCAUCUAAUCCUUGUAACGUUUCACACUACACUAGAAGGUUCAUGAGCAAUGUUUCCUCUGAUUUUUUUAAUCACUGAGCAAACUUCAGUUCCGCUGAGCGCAAACUUGAAUGUUGUGAAAAUUCUGUCCCACUUCCGAACACUGAGGCUGUACCCACUUUUAAGUUAGUUUUAACAGUGGUCAAGUCAAGUUGGCUACUGUGGCUAUUUGAUUAUAAUGUUGGCCUACCAGAAUGGUCUACCAUCAAAAACAAUGGAACAAAUGCCUCCUAUAACAUUUGAACACGGAAAUAGCUGUUCUAUCAUUCAGCCUACAGUAGCAGCCAAUGUGUGGUGUUCAAUGUAGGGCUGCAUUCAAUGAGACUUUUGAAGAAAACAUGCCAGGCUUGACAUGAACUUGUUUCUCCACUUGUCCUUCAGACAAGGAGGUGACUGACAAUGUUGCUGUGUUGUUUGUUUACGCGUGUAGAAAGCACUUUUCCAAAAAAGAUGAAGUAAACUGGUUUCGCCUCUGAAAAGACGGUUCGGGUAGAUACUCUACUUUGAUUCUGCUCCAAUGUGUAUGUGAAGAAAUGCUAGGCUAAAUAUAAAUAGUACAUCACUUUUGACUAGAAGAAAUUUGGGAGCCAUUUUGAAUUCACCCUUUGACUUGACUUUGUGUCACCUCUGGAACGUAUUGUAACAUUAACCCAACCUUGUUACCAACAGCCAGCCUGUUGCUUCAACAGUUCUACCGCAGCAGUUUCUUUUGAUUUGUCCUUCCUUUUUUCACCUGGUGGUUGAUUAUGAAAAAUGUGGAAAAACAUUUAGAAAACGUUUUGUGGGGCAGCAAUUGUCUUCUAUUUACAUAAUGAUUGUUUCAGUUCCCAUGAUGUUUUACUGCUAUCAUGUUGCUGUUGAUGGCAUUGCAAAUCGACUUGAGAAAUCUGUUGUUGUAUUGUGGCAACUUGAAGUGAACGCUGUCCACAACAAGACUACACCUCCCACAAUUCCUUCCAACUCCUCGACAGUGUCCGUCCCUUCUUACUUAAGUGCACACUUGGUAGUUGUCACUGUAGAUACAGAUAUGAUGAACCUAUUUCUAUGCCAGUCAGCAUGGAACUAGUCAGGGCUCUUCCACAGGAGGCCGGACUUUGAUCUUUUUUUGUUGUUGUUGAUUUUGGCUCCGAUCUACUAUGGUGGCUUGAGAUGUUUGUGCGUCAAGUUAUGAUUAUUUCCCAAUUCAAACAAAAAACAAGACAUGUUAUUUCGUAGUGUAAGAGGUCAAGAUGAGAGAGGGAUCCUGUCUAUAUAUGAAGUGAUUAUUAAGUGAUUUGUUAACACGUUUUUUUUUUUAAAAGACAACUUCCUGUUUUCAGCACAUAGAUAUGCCUGCUUGAGGCCUGCUCUGCAUCUAACCCCAUAUAACAGACUUUGUUAUUGCUACAUUUGGUAUGUUUUUAUAUGUGACUUUGUUUGUUAUGAAUAAAUCAUUGAGAUUAAAGCUUUUUUACUUUGUCCAGAUAUCACAUGUAAAUAAUCUAUUGUAUAGUAUGUCCGGGUAUAUUUUGCACUGUGAAAUUCUGUUCAUUAAAUAUAGGACAGUGAGAAAUUUGUUACACUGAACGUUUUGUAAAUACUUUCACUUGUUGUUUUUUAAAUACUACCAUCUUUAAACAAAUAAAAAAUCAUUAUUGAU